AUGGUUCCAACAAUGAUUGCAAGUGUAGAAGCUAUGCUCGAAGGAUGGAGACAUAAUGUAGGUAAGGAGACAGAGGUAUAUGAAGCAUUCAGUGUUUUGACAUCAGAAGUGAUAUCAAAGACAGCUUUUGGAAGCAGUUACUUGGAAGGGAAAAGUAUAUUUGAGAUGUUGGAGAAGUUGGGCAUAGUACUUUUCAGAAAUGAUGGGAAAGUACGUUUUCCCAUCCCCGAAAAAUUAUACAAAACAGCGGAUGAUAUUGAGUCAGAUGAACUUGAACAAUCACUGCGUAACUCCAUUAUAGCAAUUGUAAAUAAAAGGGAAGAGAAAAUCAAGAAUGGAGAAGCAAAUAGCUAUGGGAAUGAUUUUCUUGGAUCACUGAUAAACAUCUAUCGUGACAAGGAUGAGAAUAACAGGAUUUCGCUAGAUGAUCUGAUUGAUGAGUGCAAGACAUUCUACCUUGCGGGACAUGAAACAACUAGCAGCUCACUAACUUGGGUCAUUCUUCUUCUAGCAAUCCACACAGAUUGGCAACAGAAAGCCAGGGAAGAGGUCCUUGAACUUUUCGGCAAAGAAACUCCCAAUCCUGAGGGAAUCGCGAAAUUAAAGAUUGUCAACAUGAUCAUUUGUGAAACAUUGAGGCUAUACCCUCCAGUUACUACACUUCCAAGAACAGUGAAAAGCAAAGUUAGACUGGGGAAGCUUGUUCUUCCACCUAAUAUAGAGAUUUUUAUUCCACCUCUAGCACUCCACCUGAACCCCGAAAUAUGGGGACGAGAUGCUCACCUCUUUAAGCCAGAGAGAUUUUUGGAAGGGGUGGCUAAAGCAACAAAUAACAACACGAUGGCUUUUCUUCCAUUUGGUUAUGGACCUCGAACGUGUGUGGGCUUGAACUUUGCAAAUACUGAAGCAAAGAUUGUACUCUCAAUGAUCCUGCAACGUUACAAGUUCACUCUUUCGCCAUCUUAUGUCCACUCACCCUUUCCGUUUCUCACUAUACGCCCCCAACAUGGAGUUCAAGUGGUGCUCCAGUCGAUAUAA